CCGGUAGGUUUAAAGGCGUGUGGUUGGUUUCUUCUCUCAUUGAUUUUCUCUCCUAACUUCAUACAGCUAUCACACGGAUUUGCUGUUAAAAUUAUCACUUUUAAUAUUUUCAUCAGUGACAAAUUUAUAACUUAUAUCUAAAUUGGAUAUUGGGAGUUAAAAUGUACGCCUUCCAACCAACCGUAAAUUAUCAGGAUCGUCUUUAAAAAACGCACAGUACUGAUCAAUAGAACCGUGAUAGCCGUUUUACAUAGACCCAUUAGUGUUAAGUAUAACCUUCCAAAGAAAUCACUGCCAAAAGAUACUUUAACCAAAUAGCAACACCAAAGCUGAAAGAUCAUAUUUAUUAGUAAUCUGUGGGUAAUGAGGGGACGAUGAAAAUUUCUGUGAGUGAUAAGCCUAGAUAGUGAAGUGUGAGUAAGUGACAGUGAUAGAUACAAUGAGUUCCAACGCGGAACGUGAUGUUUACGUUCCUGUCAGUCAGUUUUUCCAGAACCGGUCCGUAUUCGUGACAGGAGGGACGGGGUUCAUGGGCAAGGUGUUGGUGGAGAAGCUACUUAGGUCAUGUCCUGGAAUCAAAAACAUCUAUUUACUAAUGAGGCCUAAGAGAGGUCAAGAUAUUGACACCAGGCUCACUGAACUCAUAAAUGCCCCGCUAUUUGAUCGGUUAAGAAGGGAGCGGCCGACGGAGCUGUAUAAGAUCGUCCCAAUCCUAGGAGACAUUACGGAGCCGGAAUUAGGCAUCAGUGCUACGGACCAGGAGAUGCUGGCUCGCUCUGUCUCGGUGGUGUUCCACUCAGCUGCUACGGUCAAAUUUGAUGAAGCACUAAAACUGUCAGUGACCAUCAACAUGUUGGGAACCAAACGGCUAGUUGAGCUAUGUCACAAAAUGAUGAGUUUAGAGGUUCUAAUCCACGUGUCGACAGCGUACUGCAAUUGUGAUAGAGAGGAGGUGAGUGAGAUGAUCUACCCUCCUCCUUUUGACCCAGAACACAUCAUUGACUGUGUCAGUUGGAUGGAUGACUCGCUGGUCGAUGUCCUCACACCCAAAUUGAUCGGUUCUCGACCCAACACCUACACCUUCACAAAGGCCCUUGCAGAACACAUGUUGCUCAAGGAGUCUGGAAACUUACCUGUAGCCAUCGUUCGUCCCUCCAUCGUGAUCUCCUCUCUGCAAGAACCAGUAGCGGGCUGGGUUGACAACUGGAAUGGUCCGACCGGGAUCAUAGCAGCUGCUGGGAAGGGAUUCUUCCGUACAAUGCUCUGCCACGAGGACAAGGUCGCAGACCUGGUGCCUGUUGACAUUGUCAUCAACCUGAUGAUCUGUGCUGCCUGGCGCACUGCCACCGCCAAGCCCAAUGGCAUCACCGUGUACAACUGCUGCACUGGCCUACAAAAGCCUAUCACCUGGAAGGAGUUUGUGAACCACAGUUUUGUGGCCAUGAGGAAGUAUCCUCUUGGAGACCUGCUGUGGUAUCCAGAUGGUUCUUGUCGAAGCAACUGGGUCACAAACUCUGUGUUCUCCUUCACCCUGCACUUCAUGCCUGCGUACAUUAUUGAUAUGUUCGGCCGUCUAGUUGGCAAGCAACCUAACAUGGUAAGGAUCCAAAACAAGCUAGAUAAGGCAGCCAAGUGUUUGGAGUAUUUCUCCACCCGACAGUGGCGUUUCUUGGAUGACAAUGUCCGUAUGCUGAACCAAUCUCUCAGCCUGGAGGAUCGAACAGAAUUUGCUUUUGAUGUAUCACGAAUCCAAUGGUCCAAAUACAUCGAGGACUACGUCUUGGGUAUCCGUCAAUUCAUCUUCAAAGAGAGCCCAAAUUCACUCCCUGCUGCACGGAAACAACUGAACAAGAUGCUUUGGCUUCACCGUAUGACCAAGAUCUUCCUGGUUUUGCUGCUUUGGCGAGCUGUCAUGCUGCGUUCUCAAAGUGCUCGCAAACUUUGGUAUUUUAUGAUAAGUUUAAUGUUGCGUGUUGUGCGAAUGGUUCCGUACAUUUGAAUUAAGGUCUGCUUAUUGUUGCCCUUUAAAGUCGUUUGUCUAAAAGAGUUUAUCCGACAGACAAGUACUUAAUUUUUACACAUAAUUGUUAGCUUUGAUUAUCAAUAAGGAUACCAAUGCUUUAACUAGCCUUUAUUUUCACCCCGUGAUCAUUUGUGACCCAUUUGUAUGUUCUAUUCUAAAAAUGUUAUUUAGCAUAUUGUUUUAAAGAAUUAUUCUAUGUUAAUUUUGUAAAAUGAUGUAUGUUUUGUUUUAAUGGUAAUUGUCAAUGAAAGAAUUAUAUAUUAAUUAACUUGUUAGUGAUUGUAUUAACAAAAUUGUAGAAAGCUAUUUCACAUAUACUUUAAAUAUCUGCGCUUAUAUCAAUUUUUGUUUUUACUUGUACAUUUAUCAAAGAUUAUACCGAACCUUAUUUAUUUUUGUACCACGUUAUAUUCUUGUUGUUUAUUUACGGUGGUCUGUAUAUUAUAUGUUGGCUAAAGAUGGUGAAUGAGUAUUUAUUGUAUCUUGAUAGAGUAAUAAAUUGAUACAUUUAAUUAUUUUGUAUUUUAAGAAUUUUAUUCUUUCAUUAGCAAAUAUCAUAUAUUUUUAAGAUUUUCCAAGGAUUUUUAUAAAAUAAUAGUUUCAUCUGUAAGUUCUUAUACCUUGUAUAUACUAACUUAGCGUCUGGACCCUUGAUUACCCUCCCUAAGAUGAGUUACCUAGCACUCCUACUGGACCUAAUAACUUCUUUUAUAUGGAAUGUUGAUUUUUUUUUUUUACUGCAUCAGCUACUCAAGCAAACAAGCGAGGAGGAGUCAGAUUGGGCCAGUUGCAGGUAGCAAGGUGCCAGAUGCCAAGUUAGUGUAUACAGGGUCGGCAUAAGUUUUCGGUUAGAAGCUGUUUGGUUCUGGUAGCCCCUUUUGAUUUGUGUUUGUUUAUAGAAAUCUUCUACUUAACAACAGUGCCCAUGUCAACUUGUUCUUUGGUGCUAUGUGUCCCUCAAAUUUCCCAUCACUCAAGAACGCCAAACUGAAACGUUCUAAUAUAAUUUUAAAUUGUUGAUGUUAUUGUUUAUAUUAUUUAUCAAGUUGUUUGCUUCGCUUGCAUUUCAUUUAUAUCGAAGCGUAAAGACUUUUAGUCAUAGUUCCGGUGUAUAAGACAACCGUAGAUCGGUCUUGUCGAGUGUCUAUUCGUGUUGUGUUUGUAUUUAUUGUUUCACUGGGUUUAUCGGACUUUCGUGGCUAUGUCGCAGUAUUAAAGGUGUCAUCCAUUACUGCUCAGUAUUUUUCAAUGGAAUCUGCUUUCUGAUUCAGCGUUUUUAAUAAUCGUAGCGCUUUUACCUAUUGAAAAUAGUGUUAUAACUCGCCAACUCGUAAAGCUUGAUUUGAUCCACACAUUAUUUAACACCUCUUGUCAUAUAUUUGAAUUUAUAUAUUUGUAGGCAAAAUUUGCUUUGUAAAAUAUUAGUGUAUUAUUUAGGUUAAACUUUAACUUUGUACAGAUAAAAUAAUGAAUGCCAAUCUGAGUACUCUAUGUUAAAUAAGUGAAGUUAUCAUAAUUGUAGUUUCAUCUCAGAAUCACCAACAUCACAUCACAAAGUCAUGACCUUUAUUGGUUCAUCCAAGUCCUCUAGUAUCAACAGCCAUUAUUUGUAUAAUAUACUACCCUGAACGAGUAUGAGUAAAUCUACAUAUUUAAACUCGGCUUUAGAUAUACCUUGAGUUUGAAGCUCAAAUUGUAACCAGAAUUAUUUUUAGUACAAACUUAUUAGUAAACAUAAUAGCUACUGAGUACACUUUCACUUAUUUGCCGGAUGAAACUAAUUUUAUAGACUGAAAUGCAGUUUUCCUCUCAAACAAACUCGAUAACAUUAAAAUUGUGACAAAGCUCAUAGCUGUGCCUACCUCUGUUAAUGUGGGUGACUUUGAACUUUUUUCCUUUGCCGUUCCUGUUGAACGGAUCUGUAGUUUCAAUCAAUGGUUUUAUUUUACUUACUGCCAAUACCUCUAGCAAUGAGCCUAGUGAGCAUUUAUUUGUUUAUCGAGAAACCUUUUUAAUUGUAAGUAGUUAAAUGUUUUUACUGAUUGUUAGCAUUUUGUUUGGUUUGUAGAAUUACGAUUUACAAAUUAACAUUCGAUUAUAGUUAGUCUUUUGUAGUAAGAACAUUAUUAUGUACGGAGUUAUUUAGACUAGUCCAUCUGGUUAUGUUUUAUUGGUACAGUAUUUUGGAGUUUGUCAGAUGUAACUUAUUCGGAUGUUAAAGUAUCAUAAUCUAACUAAAAUAUUACUUCAGUACUAAUGAGUCAGGAUCCCUUUCCACUUUGCUUAAAUUUAAAUGUUUGAAUUGUUGUUCAAACAUUAAGUCAUAAUUAUUUAUGAAAUCACAUAUUCACUGUUUUCUUUUCUUUCUUUUUUUGUAAAUGUAAGGAUUUGAAGUAAAAUAUUCAGCGUCGGCUGUCACCAAUGGAUAGUUAAAUCACCUGGAUAAAUGUGUAUACCAAAAAUCUAACUAGCUUUUAACUUACAUAAAUAUUAUUUUGCAUUUAUUAUCGUCUAUUUGUUUUAUGUUGGUACUACUCAAUAAUUAAUGCUUUUUAUUUUGAGCCAUGGCUGCAGGAAUAGUUUUGAAAAUGUAUAGUGAAUUGUUACCUCUGCCUGAAUAGUUUAUAUGUAUACAUAUUUUUUUGUUUUAAAUGGUUUACUUUAAGUAUUAAUGCUGAUCAUCUUUAUAUUCUGGGAUUAAUUUCCCAUGGUUUGUUUUGGAAUUUUAACAUCUUGCCCAGAUUACAAUAUCAAAAUAAUUUUGGACUUAAUCACUAAAGACAUCAUUUAUUUAUCCUGUCAUGUAAUUGCAAAGGAUUUGUGCCCAUGCUGUUACUUUAAGGUUUAAUAUGAUCAUCCUACAGUUUGCCAAAGAUCAGUUUGGUGGCAAGAAUGAGAGUUAUUAAGGUAACCGAUAUUAUUUUUUUAAUAUUAAACCUUUUAACAUCUGUUAUUUACCAAUGUAAAAAUUAUAGGUAGGAGUAUAAAUUUUUAAUAUUUUUAUGUUUACCUGCAUGUAUAAGAGUUAUAAUAAUGUAUACUUUUUUAUUUAGAUAUUUGAUUGUAAUUGUAUUGGCAUUACGGUUUUAUGAUUAUUUAAAAAUAUUUUUUAACAUUGUAUAUAGUUUAUUUAUUAUAUUUGUAAAUAUUGUUUUGGGAACUUUCUGAGGUAUACAGAUUCCCUCAAAUAAAUCAAUAAGUGGGUAAAUGUCAUGACAUGAAAGUUUUUCAAUCGCAAACCGUUGAAGGAAUGGUCAAGAUUUGACGAGUGACGUGUCAUACAUCGCUCAGUCAAUCUUGGCAGAUUCAAUAUCCAGGGAAAUUUUUCGCUGUCAUGAAAGCUCAUUUAAUUUCGUCCCAGUUAACAUGAAUGUGUGUACACAAAUAGGACAAAUUUCCUUGGGGUAAUGCAAUUAACCCUCGACAUAUUCCAUUCAUGUCCUAGCUUCUAGUCAAAUGUCGGGAGAAGGAUUCAUAGUAGCUUCUUCCUUAUUCCAAAAUAAAAGCAUGAUAUUAUUUGUAGUGUCAUUAUUUAUUUUUCCUACUAGCUAUUUUCUAGGGUAAGCUAAGAUGAGUAACGUGCGUCCGAUGGUUUUAGCGAGUCAUUUUAAUUUUCUCAUAUUCAACAUCUGAGGAAACGCGACAAUUUUAUCAAAGUAACUUUCCGUAUUAGCUAAUUUUACUUAUAAGAUAAUAUAAAAAGAGGUUAUAGUUUAGGGAGUUAUUUACUGUAUCUCCACUUUCACUUAACUGAAGAAAUUGGUUAUGUUCAUUUACCCUGUAUUGUACAUUACAUAACUUAAUUGUUUCAUAAGUCAUUAAAUCUGAUAGAAUA